AAAGGGAGGUAAGAACGUAAACAGACUCACUUCCGGUCGAAGUAGACAACACGCAAAACAUAAACAAAGAAGAUCAGCUGAGUGGAAACCGUUCUGUGCAACAAAGACUUUGGUGCAAGGGUAAUAAAUGGCUGCUGGAUUGAACAUAGCUGGCCUUCAGUUAGACACUGCACCCCUAGCACAGCACGAUGGUGAGCAGGUUUCCUUUAACUCCAGAAGUCAGAUGUCUGUAUCCCUCCCCUCCUCCCCUACAGCCCUGUCCCUGGCCAGCCCAGAGGGCAUCGAUUGCUAUGGUAAUGAGAGACAGGUGCUGAGUGACCAGGCCAAAUUCUACAACAACACCACCCUGAGCGACGUCACACUUGUGGUAGGGGGCAACAAGUUCUACGCACACAAGCUGAUCUUGGUCCGCUCCAGUGAUGUGUUUGAGCGCAUGCUUAGUGAGGAGUGGAAUGAUGGAAGCAAGAAGGACUUGACCUUGACAGAAGACAGUAUGUGUGUCAACGUCUUUCCCAGAUUUCUCCAGUUUCUCUACAGUUGUCAUGUCAAGUUGAACAUAGACAACACACUACCAGUUCUUAUUCUGGCAGACAAAUACAAUGUCACAGAUCUACGCAAUGUGUGCAUUUCCUUUGCAUGUUCCUUCAUUAUUCCCAAACUCCAGCUUAAGGAUGUCUUCCAUGUCUGGUUUCAGUAUGCUACAAAAUGCAACAACGUUCGCCUGACCAAUUCCUGCAUCAGUGCAAUGGCUGAAAAGAUGGAUGACAUUAUUGGUUCAGUCGAAUGGGAGGAUGAAUGGGUCGGCAUGGACAACCAACAACUCAUUGAGUUUCUCAAGUGCUCAGAACUAUGCAUUAAAGAUGAAUUCCAACUCUGGAAUGCCAUGCUGAAGUGGCUUCUUUGCCCCCAGUUUCCUUCAAGAGCUGGAGAAAAGAUUCAUGAGCUGACGGAAAUUGUGGAACACAUCCGUUUUCCUAUGAUGACUGCGGAGCAGCUCUGUGCAGUGGAGUCUAGUGAGGUGGCUCAGAAGUAUAAGGAUAUAUUCCAAAAACACUUCCUCCAAGCCUACAAGUACCAUGCUCUACCGCUGACCAGCAGAGCCACUGUGAAGGAGUUCACUGGACCCUGCUUUCUACUGAGAAACUACACAGAUCUGAGGUGGGACAAGCGGUUUGUGUUACAGCCCUUCUCCGCCUGUCCCAAAUGUUCAGAAGUCAGCUUUAGGUUCUCAACUAGAGCCUCAACCUUUCCACAGCAAACCUGGGAUUGGGAUCUGAAAUGUCACCCUAAAGGAUUCUCAUCCACGUCUGAAGAAUUCCGGUGCAUUCUUUAUUCAAAUCUCAUUUUAGACCAGCCCAGACCAAUCGAGUAUCUGCUUUCUGUUGUUGGAAAGGAUGAGAUUUUACACUCUGUCAGUGGACGCAAAAAUUUCUCAAAGACGCGUUACACAGCUGAUACAGAAAUGGACAAGAAGGUGUCUGUGGCAGAGCUCUGUCAACCUAACUCCCCACUUCUGGUGGAGGACUCACUGAUUCUACAGAUAACACUGAAGCCCGUAGAAUAAUAGACCUGGCUCCAUGGCUUAUGAUCAACAUGCAGCUUUUGUAUAAUGAUCUGUGUUCAUUCGUAAAAUGUGAACUAGCUGCUUUAUGCUUAGAUAUUGCAAUUUUUAACAGUACCUUAUUACGGUACCGUAUUUCUAUGACAUUGCCACAACAGAUUUGAAUCGUAGAUUCAAGUAUGCAUGUAACUUAUGCCACAUGUAUUAUGGAAUAAGUGCUAAAAAAGAUUAGUUAAUUGGAUUUUCAUUUAUAAAUGUAAGUUAACUUUUUCACAGAUACAUGCAUGAUCAUUAAAAAAAAAACAGAACAAGUUUUAUAUCCCUUAACUAUGUGGCAAAGUAUUGAUGGUAUUUAACAGGUAAUAAUUGUACAUGUAUGACACUGAUAAAGUCAGUAUAAAAUGUUGACCAAAGAGAGACUGUGAUGUGGUGUCGAAUCAUUCCAGUAUUUGGUUGUGCAUUGAAAGUGGUUGUUUGCCAAAAGUUUUAUUGAUUUUGGUCUUGUUUUUUUUUUUUUUUUUUUUUUACAUUUGUUAACAAUUUCUUUAUCAUGUUCAUUAUUAAUUAAACAUAGAAU